CAGUCAUUGAUGAUUGUUUACGCUCCUGUUAUGGUAACAGAUAAACCGCCGCAAUGAUUGGUUAAAAGCGUUCUGCUCCAGUUGCAAACCCUUUCCGUCUUCCUCAACCAAUCAAAAGUUAAGACCCGCCCACCGCACUUCAGCUGCGCUCCUAUUGGAGGGUAAACAAUAAGGAACUAUUUUCAAAAUUAGGCAUACAGCUGUCAGCAGCUGCGGAUAUGCAUGGAUUCAGGGGCCUUGCCAGGGCCUUUCAGCGGCGGAGGAAGAGAAAUGGCAGAAUUCGACGCUGGGCCGUAAAGAGCAAGAAGCCACUUGGGACUCCUGCCAUACCAACGGCCCCUGUUCCAGACAACAAAACAAAGGUGGACACUAUGGAGGAGACAAGUGUUCAAACAACUAAACAGCUGUCUUCAACAAGUGUAGGAGCUCUGUUUUCUGCAGUUGUAAGUGUUAUGCAACACUGCAGAAAGACAAUUAAUCAAACCUGUUCUGGACUCCUAAGUGUCUUCCUUUUCUGGAGAGGCUAUUCAGAAAGAGUGGAGUCCCUUCACCAAAAAGUAGAGGAGCUGCAGAGGGAAAUAGCACUAUUGCAUUCCACUAUGAAGCUGUAUCGAGAAACCAAGACUGCAGGCGGUCAAUGUGAAAUGCCUGAUGGUGUUCAGCACUCCACACCUCCGCCUGUCUCCCUUCCACCUCCGCCACCACCACCUCCUCUUCCUCCUCCUCCUCUUCCUCCUCCUCCUCAAAUUCUGUUGACACUUGCUGCUCCAAAAGUGGCCUCACUUCCCCCAAAAACUGCACAAAGUAGCUCUCUGAAGCAGAAGCAAAAUGCCCCUGUAGCUGUGACUCUUCGAGAUCUUCAAGCAGUACGACUAAGAAAAGUAGGCCAAAAACCUCAGAAGUCUCCAGAUAAAAGAAGAUCACCACUGGUCACACUCGCAGAUUUGCAGAACGUCCGCCUGCGACGCUCUAAUUCUGACCUCCCCUUAAAGUCUAGAUCAAGCUUUGGCAGGACACCAACUAAAAAUCCCAUGAAUCUUCGGGUACAACUUCGAAAAGUCAACUUAAUGAGGAGUCCUGGUGGCACGCCGCUGUGUAACAAAGAGAAUGAUGUGACGGAUUCAAGCCUGGAUCUAAGCAUGACCAGAGGGUUAGGAAACAAGUACCUGAGUGCUUUAACAAAAGGACUAUCCCCACUCAAGGCUGUCUAAACAGAAACAGACUUUUUUUAUUCUUAUUGCACAUUGUUUUGCAUGGCCAGUUUUUGCUUAUUUUUUACAUGUGUACUGUGACUGUGCUAAUAGCUUUGGUUCUCAUACUGUCAUGUUACUAAAGUAACUAUUUUAGUGACAGGACAGAUUUUAUGUCACUUGCUGCUAUGUUGUUUUAUAUAUUUGUUGCAUGUGAAAUGUGCUUCUUGCUUCUUUUAUAUCAAAACCCCUUUUUUAAGACAUGCUCACAAGCAUAACAAAUGCACACUGUAUGAAAAUUAAAUGCACAUCAACAUGAGCAUGUUUUUUGAUAUGGUUAAUUGUCUAAUUAGUAGAACUUCAUAAUUGAACAUGCAGUUCAAAGUCACUGUUACUGAAUAUGACUGUGGAAUGUGCGAACUGACUCAGCUGUAAAAUAUAUUACUUGAUACUGUGGUGAGACAAGUCAGUUAUUGAUAUUUCAAUUCAAAAAGCCAUCGAUGUCUUAUGUGUGUGGUAAAAGGUGAAGCACAGCUUAAUAUAACCAGCCCUGUUAUUGUGAGACUUGUGUUUUACUGUAUGUUUACUGGUGGGCUUGAGGUGCAACACCCGUUUAAAUGUUACUAUGUCUUAAUGUUUUAUUUUAAGGGUCUUUUGCAAUAUUUCUCCAAAGCCACUUUUGUAUGUUAAAAAAUAUUGCAAUGAACAAAAAUCGUUUAAUAAAUAUUGGUCCUACAGAAAAUGUCUAUGUGUUUUUUGAUUUACAGUGCAAAUGAUUGCAUUUAGAUAAAGACAAAAAAAAUUUAAAAUUAUGGCUCAUAAAAUAUACAUUAUUUUAGUAUUAUUUAUAUACUAUUAAAGUAUUUAUUAAUGUAUUUUAGCUUGAGUUUUAGUUAUUGUUGUGUGCUUUUGUAAGAUUUAUUUACUUUUUUAGUAUUUCUAAAAUUUUACUUUUUAGUCUCUUUAAUACUUAAACUUAAAUUUAUUUCAGCUAGCUGCAAAGGCAACAUUUAAUUUUUCUUUAAGAUUUUUAUGUAAUACUUAUUUCAAAAUUUUCAUUUUAUUUUAAAUUUAAAUUUUUUUUAUUUGCAUUCAAUUGUUUUUUUGGGAGGGGGGUUAUAUUUCUAUUUAGCUUAAAGUUAUGUUUUAGUAAUUUCAACUAAAUCUUAUUUUAUUUAGCUUAUUAUAAAGGGAACAUUUCUAAUUUUCCUUUAGGAUUUGUAUAUGUAAUACCUGUAUUUUCUGUUUUUAUUUUUUUACUAUUAUUUAUAUACUAUUUUAGUAUUCUUCUAUUUUGAAUUAGCAUGUAUUUCUAUAUUUUUAGUUCAUUUUAAUUUUAGAUAUAAACAUUUUUAUUUGCAUUUUAUUUUCGGUUUUAUAUUUCUAUUUAGCUGUAAGUUAUGUUUAUGUCAUUUCAAUAUUUCAACUAAAUCUUAUUUUAGUUAGCUGCAAAGGCAACAUUUC